CACUAGAGUCCAUACCUUUAAAAGCUUCGGCUUAAGCCACUUGGUAUCUCAGAUUUCUGCGUAGAAUGACUGAAGGCUUACGUUGUUUCCACUGGUCACACACGGGCGUCUGUAUUGUCAACCAAGUUAUCAUUCGAUCACUGGUCUAAGUGCUUGCCAGAACAAACCACCGUCGCUAGCCGUUGUUAGACAAGACCCGUGAGAAAUCGUACGGCUUUACUUUAAAUCAUUCUAUAGUAACAAUUUUGUGUAAAACGACUUUCGAGAUAACUCUACAGUUGAUUAGACAUUAGUGUUAUGUACUAAUUUACUUUUCUCUUGAGAAUGUUCAUGCAAUUAGCAUUCGAGCAGGAUUUUGCAAAUAGAUAUCAUCAUUUUGAUUGAUAUUGCAACUGACAAACUUCGGUGCCCAAGAGGUACUCAUGGAGAUUUGGUAGGACUAGGAAGUGAUGGACAGGCACUUUCCUAAUUUCCGUAUAAUCAGCGAUGAAAAGAAAAUAAUCAAGUUCCAACAUUUAGCAAACCUGGAGAGCAACGUGAAUAGCGAUUGUGUUAUGCAGCUGAAGCUCUGUGUUACAAAACGACUUUUGAACUCUAUUCUAUCCGCUUGAAUAAAAUGUAAUCUGAUUUUGCAAUAAUUGAAGACAAGUAAUUGACUUGAGCAGAACGUUCUCUGCCACUGUUGUUGCCAGGAGGUUGAUCCCAAACACAUCAACUUGUAAUCCGUCUAUGAGUGACAGUUGAAGUUGGUGCACUUAUUUCAUUUAUUUUACUUACAGAGCUCUGAUCCUACAAGGGAAUAGUGCACAAUGCACUAACAGGCCCAUAUUGAGCAAGAGAGUCGUCUAGUAAAACCCUUCAUUCACAAGUAACAAACGUGGAAAAUGGGACUUAAGUCCACGAGAACCUUUCCCAGGGGAACUUACUGGUGAGAAAAUUCAUAACAAAAACUUUCCCUGCAGAUUACGUGCAUUACGUUAGCAUGCUAUAAAAGGACAUGUCACCGAAGUCGCCCAGACCAUUCGAGGGCCCGUCCUUCUACGAGUGUGAUCGUGCUUUUUGGAGCAAGUUGGAAAACGAAGACACCCUGAGUGAUAUAGUACCGAUUGUUACCACGAGCCAGGUGUUAGUGGUCGACCAUGGCGAAGUUAUCCAUGAUCGCACUACCUUUCCUUAUUAUCGCCGUGGCAGCGCAUACUCCUGUACAUCGCCAACAAGAACCUUCCACGACUAUGUCUGACCUGAAGCACGACAUCAUCCCGAACUGGACAAUGGCACAACUCCGCUACGACGGCUGCAGGAUCUAUGCGGAGUUUGAACCAAAGGAUUUGUCUGGUCAAAUGUGUGACAAGGGCGAACUGAAGGACGUGCAACUGACUGACAUUGACGACACGAUUACGGCAACAGACCAACCUGAGCAGAGUGAAGCUCCCAAACCAGCUGCGAUCCCGAAUAUUGUAAGCCUUGGCUGCUGGCUGGACAAGAAUCCCGGCAGAGCCAUCCCGACCCUGGAAGGGACCGAUGCACGUCUGGACGGAGGAUACCAUGAUCGUAAGAACGCCAUUGAGAAGUGCUACCAGGUGGCCAAGGAACGAGGUUUCUCCGUGUUUGCGCUGCAAAAUGGAGGUCACUGUCGCUCUUCAGCCAGCGCGGGGCUAACCUACAAGACGUACGGGCCCUCCACAAGCUGUGGUACGGACGGCGAAGGAGGACCUUGGGGAAACCAAGUUUACCAAAUCACGGACGCCUUGCCUGAAACGGAUACAAACAUCGCUCAAGGCAAGCCGGCGUUCCAAACAACCGUCGCAUGGGGCAUGGGCGCCAGCCUUGCGGUAGACGGGAACACCAAUACUGAAUACUACGCUAACUCAUGUCAACACAAUGGCAUGGAGGACAACCCCAUGUGGUGGGUGGAUCUCGGAAAAUCCUUUACGAUCAACAGAGUGGUCAUCUUCAACCGCCAGGACUGUUGUUUCGAACGAAUCAACCCCUUCAACAUCCACAUCGGGGAUUCCGACCAGGUCAGCACGAACCCCAAGUGUGGAGGUGAUCACCAAAUCAACGUGAACCAGCCGUCCAUUUCCAUUUUGUGCCAGGGGAUGACGGGACGCUACGUGGGCAUUCGUCUUCCUGGGCACUCCCGAAUACUAACACUGUGUGAGGUUCAAGUCUUUUCAGAGCAACCGCUAUCAACCAAGACAAGCAGCGAGAAGCUCUACGAAUUACUGAAGCUGGAAAAGCAGAAGACCAGGGUACAGGAUGAAACGAUCAGCACCUUGUGGGACAAAAUCAACGAUUUGACAUCAGCAGAUUCAAACAGCUUUCCCAAACCAGGGCUACCACUGCAGCCCUGUCCCGAUAGCUACUCCGAGUACAACAACAAAUGCUACAAGUUGUCAACUGAGCAAAUGACAUUUGGUGAAGCCAAAGCCGUUUGUCAACGCGAUGGAGGAAUUUUAGCGAUCAUCAAUGCCCAAGACACCAACCACCUAGUUGUGAAGAAAAUAAGGGCUGAUGGAAAGCCGUAUUGGAUUGGACUGACAGACGUGCGCAGCGAAGGGACGUUCGUGCGGAGUGAUGAGACGGAAUCUCCUGCAGCAUACACCAACUGGUACCCACACCAACCUGACAACGGUGGCGGGGAAGACUGUGUAGAAAUGUCUGUGGGCCAUGACUGGAAUGAUGCACCUUGUUCAUCAAGGUUGAACUUCAUUUGCGAGAAAGAAAAGAUCAGUCGAUGGAUCUGUCCACCUCUAUACUUGGUGGGGUUUAAAGACAGGUGUUUUAGACUCUCCACAAAGAAAGCGAACUUCAGGAGGGCCAAGACCAUCUGCGAGCAAGACGGGGGGCGACUUGCGGUCCUCCAGGACGAAGAAACAGAUCUCUUCAUCAGGAAGAAAAUCAGGAGACUCCCCUACGAACGUACCCUGAGCUACUGGAUUGGUCUAAGUGAUGCCCAGGAGGAGGGGACGUUUGUGUGGACUGAUGGAACCGAACUAACUGCAUCUGAUUACACACACUGGCGCCCAGGUAACCCCGAUAAUGCGGUAGUUGGAGACGGCGAAGACUGCGUGGAGAUCCGUCAGGAAUUGGACUACAUGUGGAAUGAUGUAGACUGUAGGAAGAAACGGCACUUUGUAUGUGAGAAAGAUGUGGCGUUAGCUUCAGUCUCCGACCAAACCAUGUUGAUGACAGAGGCACCACCUUUGGAGACAGAAUCCUCCAAUAAUCCUGGGCACGAACAACACACCACACCUGGGCUAGACGAAGAUGGCUGUACGUGGCGGAUCCAGGAGCUGCAUGAGAAAGACAGAGAGGUUCAGGAGCAAGCCCAGACCAUCACAGAGCUUACAGCUCAGCUUGAACAAAAGGACGAGGAGAUCCAUGAUGUUACCACUCGACUUCAUCAAAAGGAGGAGGAGAUCCAUGACGUUACUACUCGACUUCAUCAAAAGGAGGAGGAGAUGCAAGACGUUACCAUUCGACUUCAUCAAAAAGAGGAGGAGAUCCAAGACGUUAACAUUCGACUUCAAUGGAAGGAUCAGGAGAUCCAAGACGUUACCACUCAACUCCAAUGGAAAGAUCAGGAGAUCCAAGACGUUACAACCCAACUUCAAUGGAAGGAUGAGGAAAUCCAAGAUCUUAAGAUACGACUUCAACAGAAGGAGAAGGAGAUCCAAGACCUGACAAAUCACCUUCAACAGAGGCAGGAGGAGAACGAGCAGUUUUCUACAGAGGUCGGGACACCAGUGACACCAGCAGGAAGCGAAAGCCGCGGAUAUACCAGCCUGGGUUGCUGGGAGGACGCCUAUGACCGCGCCAUUCCGACCCUCGAGAAGACAGAUGCACGCCUAGAUGGUGACUUCUUUACACGUAACAACCCCAUAGAGAAGUGUUACCAGGUAGCACUUUCCCGUGGUUUUCCCGUGUUUGCUCUGCAAGCUGGCGGCUGGUGUGCUGGGUCAGCUGAUGCGCACACCACCCACUCCAAGUACGGCCCUUCCAUCGCCUGUGCAGCGGACGGCGAAGGCGGGCCAUGGGCAAAUGAGGUCUACCAGAUUACAGGAAUGUUACCAGAAGAAUGCCUGGUGGAACCGUCACUGCGGCAGGAAUGUGGCUGGGGAGGCAUCACCCAACACCAGUGCCGCCAGCGAGGAUGCUGUUUCGAUUCCUCAGUCCCAACAAUGAAGUGGUGUUUCCAUAAGAAAGCUCCUAAGAAGUGGCGUGAUGACCAUCGUUGCGGGCAAGGCUACCCUGCUGAAGACGGUAACCCUGCUGAAUGCAACCCGGCAGGUGGUGUCCCAUGCUGCUCCCAGCACAACUGGUGCGGCAACACUGCAGACCACUGUGACUGUCCGGCUUGUGUUGACUACAGAAACACAGACUUACCAGUAUCACCAAGCGGAGAGCUUCCCGACAACACUCCGCACACCGCGGCAGAAUUUACACAUCAGAAUGACGACCUGUUGCUGCACACAACUGACAGGAUGCAAGCCUUCACAACUCAGCUUCAACAGAAGGAGGAGGAAAUCCGACACUUUACAACUCCGCUGGAGCAGCCUCCACCAACUGUACAGACAACACCAUCAGAAGAAUACUGCCAGGAGGGAAAUGGAGCAUCCUAUCGAGGAACAGUCUCUGCGACCAAAACAGGGAAGACGUGUCAACGCUGGGACAGUCAGACACCACAUAGACAUGCAAACAACAUAACUGCUCGUCUACCGUCAUCCGGACUGGAGCAGAACUACUGCCGGAAUCCUGACGGCGAAUCCGGAGUUUGGUGCUACACCACGGAUCCCAGCACGAGAUGGGAGCUGUGCGACGUACCGACAUGUGCUACAGAUGUCAGGGCUACAACGUGCCAUGAAGCGAAAGCUAUGAAUCCUACAGGCGGCGAUGGAGAGUACACACUCUACCCUUUCACGGCGUGCACAGAUGUAUCCAUCAGCGUCUAUUGCCACAAUAUGGCGUCCGAAAACCCGGAAGAGUUCCUGUCCCUGCCGUCUGGCCCAGAGAAGAACUACGCAAUCGUCUUUGCUGAUCGCUUAAUACAUGGACAUCUGUGUGACGGCCCAUUACAGGACCAAUCUGCAGAUGCCGGGACCACGAUGUUCAACAAGAUCAGGAUCAAGUUUGAAAACAACACAAUCAUGGUGAUAAGAGAUGACUUCACCUUUGCCAAAAGCAAUGGAUACAACGAUGUGUCUUACGCUGAGGCCGGUGACUGUUAUUCCUGGACCCAAGGAUGUGCAAAGGGAACGUUUCAAGUGAAUCUAGAGGGAACGGACCUGGAGCUGGCACCGCAUGUGGACUGGAUCAUGGAGGGCUGGCCGGGAUAUCUGACCAUCAACGACAUGUUCAUCUCCCAAGACAGAAAGGUUGCCUCUGCACGCUGUGGUGGCUGGUGUGGGAGAUGCAGGCCAGUAGAAAAUCAUUUACUUCUGUCGCAUCCACAGUGUCGCGGACAGAUCGGCACAGACGUACCAGUAUCACCAAGCGGAGGGCUUCCCGACCACACCCAGCACACCGCGGCAGAACUUAUACAUCAGAAUGACGACCAGCUGCUGCACACAACUGACAGGAUGCAAGACUUCACAACUCAGCUUCAGCAGAAGGAGGAGGAAAUCCGACACUUUACAACUCCGCUGGUGCAGCCUCCACCAACUGUACAGACAACACCAUCAGAAGAAUACUGCCGGGAGGGAAAUGGAGCAUCCUAUCGAGGAACAGUCUCUGCGACCAAAACAGGGAAGACGUGUCAGCGCUGGGACAGUCAGACACCUCAUGGACACGGCAGGACACCUGCUAAUUACCCAUCAUCCGGGCUGGAAGAGAACUACUGCCGGAAUCCGGACGGGGAACUUGCGGUUUGGUGCUACACCAUGGAUCCCAACACGAGAUGGGAGUUUUGUGACGUACCAGUAUGUGGUCCCUAUGGGCAGGUUAAAUUCACCAAAUCCGGGGUAUUUGUUGUGCCUGACGGAGUGACCAGCGUUGACGUCAUCUGCAUCGGAGGAGGAGGAGGUGGGCGGGACGACCAUGCGGAGAUCCUGGGGGCCUCUCCGUACGGCGGGAACGGCGGCAAUUCGUCUUUUGGACCAUAUCUAUCAGCUGAGGGAGGGAAAGGCGCGAAGGCGGGAAAUAUUGGUGUAUGGCUGACACAGGAUCCGUCAUGGGUUGUGUACUCCACCGGCAAACCGUGGGUCAUGGACGGAGCAGUGCAGGAUGCCGCAAAAGUCCUGGAUGAGGACACUGGGACCUACUGGAACCCCAGUGAUACCGGAAAUAGCCACAACAACUGGUACAUUGUACUGGACCUUACAGCGCCCCAAACUCUGACCCGCAUUGCAGUGAACAACUACGGAGACAUUACCCAUGACAUUGCAGUGUUCAGGUUGCAAAAAUCGUCGAUUGCCAGUCCGUACAUAUGGGAGGACGUCGUGUCCGUUACUGACGUGCGGGGAGGGACGGUCCAGCGUCAGGAGUUCGGCGGGUUCCGGGGAACGGCGCGGUAUUGGAGGUUCUUGAUCACUCGGACCCACGAGGGUUGGCAGCCUUAUCUCACUGAACUGAAUCUCUACGCGAUUUCGUUAGGCGGAGAGGGUGGAGAGGGCACUGUGGCGUUCGGGGGGCAGGGUGGAGUUGGAGGUGGUUGUAGCGCAGGCGCAGGAGCUGCCGGACAGACGUCAGGGGGCGGCGGUGGACUGGUGCCGGGAUCCUCCACACACCCGUUCUGUGGGGCAGGGGGCAGCAGCGGAGGAUCCUCAUGUGGAACGGGGCUUGCCGACAUUCCACCCGGCAAAUCAGGGCCGGGAGGUGAAGACCCCGAUGGCCGUAGGGGAGGUCAGUACGGUGGAGGGGGAGGCAGUCGGGCCGGCGCACGGGCCGGGGGAGGGGGAGGAUACUCCCGGGCCGAGGUGCACGUGAUUCCAGGAGAAAGGAUCGCCGUGACCGUGGGAGAGGCGGGGACUCCACACUACGCCAAGCCGGGAGACGGGGUGGUGGUUGUCGCCUGGGGACGGGAAAUCGAUCCGACAGGGGACAUGGCCACCUGCCCCGGCUGUGUGGAUGCAGACUGCCCUUGCCAAGAGUCUGCUGCUGUGACGACACAAGCGCCUGCCACCACUGGAGUUUCCGUUCCGACGGUAGACAGGACCCGGUGCCUGGGAAGCAGUGGAUUCUGCCCCGGGGCUGAUGUUACCGGGGCCACGUGUGUUGAUGGGUUCUGUGAGUGCUCAGGUUCAAACUACCAGCGAGACACAUGUUUACCGGUUGUUGGGAGCUGUGUAGUAACACGCGGGUCUCCAGUCGCCCGAGCGGAGGCCUUUCAGGCUGCCGACCCCAAGGAGACCUUAAGCUGUGUCGCCGAUGACAACAGCAAGUAUGAAAUACAUGUGCUGGCAGUGUACAAGAGCAGCGCACCAACAAGGAUUUUCCUAGAGGAACCUACAGGGUCAGCUGAUAUGAACGUGUACGUCACAGCAGGUCAGCUGGACAGACCUCUGGUUCUGGUGUUGAGCUCGUAUGGGGCUGUCAACUGGGUACUCCACCUACCGGAGGAUGUCGAAGUGCACAAAGUGCUUCUGAUGGCAUUUUAUGUCGAGAAAAGUGACGUAGCUGUGCGGAGCGGUUCUGUGAACGACGUGCAGCGCCUGUCAGGUCAUACAGGGGGCGCUCCUCCGUGUGCUUAUGGAGAGGACAACGGUGGCUGUAAGACUGUUGAGCUGCUGGAAUACAUCAGUGGAGAGUUUGGUCCCGUUUCCUCUCUGACGGGUACCUUCAUGGCAGACGCAUGGAACCUUACAAUUGGAAAUGAUCCCAUCAGCACUCCUACAGAAACCUCCAUCAGCAUUCCUACAGAAACCUCCAUCAGCACUUCUACAGAAACCUCCAUCAGCACUUCUACAGAAACUUCCAUCAGUGCUCCAGAAACCUCCAUCGUCUGCGAGAGGACCACCUUGCGGCUUUCUUGCCCAGCUGGAGAAACGCUAGAGAUCGAUGACGCCAACUACGGCCGGACGGCCACUGCCAACUCAUGUCACUGUGGGUUCAAGUGCCCCCAUAACUGUCAAUCAGCUGACAGCCUGUCUAUUGUGAGGAGUGCCUGUCAGGGCUUACAGGAGUGCACCGUGGAAGCGAACAACUCUGUCUUCGGUGAUCCAUGUCCCUUUAUUGGGAAGUUCUUGGAGGCAACUUACCACUGUGUCCCAGAAGCAACUGUUGAGCGAGGGGAUCCCGAGGUUCCACCGGCGUCGUUCCCAGAGGAACCCUAGACAACGUCCAACCCUGGCAGCAAGAUGAGAGUAACGCUUGCAAAUAAUGGUUGAUCUCUUUACAUUGAUUGUCAUAGAUAAUCAAUUUUAUAGAUUGUUACAACCAGCUGAGAGGUUUUUGUUGAUCAGCACAGUGUUUGUUAUGCACAGUUUUGAGUGUGACUUUUUUGCACCACUCGUUUAUUAUUAAGUCGUGACGACCAUGUUUUCAGGUCAUCGUGUUUAACGAGGUACGUUAGAGGGGUUAGGAUCAUCUUUAUUCUGUAAGAUGAAUUACAUACAUAAUACACGUUACAAACACAUGACAACCCUUUAUCUCGUGAUUCAUUAUCACCAGAAGGGCGCAAGGCAGAAAAUAAUACAAUAUACUAGCCACUGCAUCGGAGAUUUAGCCAUUUUCUAUCAAAGAUACAAGUACAAUACAUUUGAAAAAAAACUUAACAUAGAUUUUUGAGAUACAUGUAUUAGAUCAUGCUUAAUUGUAUCGAUAUCUAGUUUCCUGAAGUACAGUCCCAUGUGGGUGUGUUUCUUGCACAGUAAAUAGGUUAAGUGCACAGCUGCAGAGUGCGCACUUUGCCAUUCUUUUUUCAACGUGUCUUCUCGUCCUUGUGACUGGUCGGACAUUGUGACUUCAGCUUAGCGGUGUUCUCACUGUUUAUUUGUACCAUAAAAUGACGUCAUACGUGCACUGUUGUUACGUAACCAUGGUAGUGGUCUUAAACAUUGACGUCCGGGAAAGCUUUCCCUUCAUAUUCAGAUUAAGUUACUCAUGUUUUGUCACGUAUUUCAUUGAAUAAAAGCACAUGAGUUGAUUGUC